AUGGGUCUCUUUGGCAAGACGCUGAUGACCACCAACUCCACAUUCAAUGUGUGGCUGUUGCUGUGGUCUGCGGGCAUUCUGUCCACGAGUCUGGGCUUUGACGGAAGCAUGAUGUCGAGUCUCAACAUUCUGCCCUCCUACACAGACUACUUCCACCUCGACACCACUACCCUGGCGCUUCAGUCGGCUGCGUCGUGGGCUGGCAGCACCGUCGCCGGUAUCUUCAUGGGCCAGGUCGCCGAUUUCUUUGGCCGCAAGAACGGGCUGUUGAUCAGCGCCCUGCUCACCAUGAUCGGUGCCAUCAUCCAGGCCUGCUCACAGAACAUCGGCAUGUUUGUGGCCGCGCGCUUCAUCGUCGGUAUCGGCAACGGUGCCACCUACGCUUGCGGCCCGACCUAUCUGGUCGAGAUGUUCCCGCUGCAGUGGCGUGGUAUCGGCCUGGCCAUCUUCCAGGAUUUCUUCUACAUCGGUGGCCUCAUCUCGUCCGGCGUUACCUACGGCACCGCCAAGAUGAACUCCACCUGGGCCUGGCGUCUGCCGUCGGUCCUGCAGAUCGUGUUCAUGAUCAUGGGCGUCAUCGUUCUCCCGUUCAUGCCCGAGUCGCCCCGCUGGCUGCUCUACAAGGACCGUCACGAGGAGGCCAUCGAGUCUAUCGCCGCCGUCCAGGGCAACGGCAACCGCGAUGACCCCAUCGUCCUGCUGACGUACCAGGAGAUUGUCGAGACGCUGAAGCAGGAGGCUGAGGCCCACCAGAAGACCAACUUCCAGCAGCUGGUCAAGUCUAAGCAGAGCAUGCGCCGUCUGAUGCUCGUCCUCUCCGUUGCCAUCAUCUCCAUGGCCUCAGGAAACAACAUUGUCACCUUCUACCUCGGAAAGAUGCUGGACAACGCUGGCAUUACCAACAGCACGACCCAGCUGGAGAUUAACAUUAUCUUGAACUGCUGGUGCCUGGUUGUCGCCUGCUGUGGCACGCUCCUCGUUGACAAGGUCGGCCGUCGGCCGCUGGCCAUCUGGUCGUCCGUGGCCAUGACCGCCUUCCUCUUCAUCAUGGGCGGCCUGACCAAGCUGUACGGCGACUCGACCAACACGUCUGGCAUCUACGGCACCGUCGCCAUGAUGUUCCUAUUCAUGGGUGCCUACAGCUUCGGCUGGACUCCGUUGUCCCAGCUCUACCCGCCCGAGGUGCUCAACUACUCCGUCCGCUCUGUUGGCAUGGGUGCCUACACCUUCCUGGCCAACGGUAUCGGCCUGAUGGUCGCCAUGGCAUUCCCCUACGCCCUCGACGCCAUCGGCUGGAAGACGUAUAUGAUCAACGGCUGUUGGGACGUCCUCCAGCUCGUCUUCGUGAUCAUCUUCUGGGUCGAGACCCAGGGCAAGACCCUCGAGGAGAUUGAUGAGAUCUUCGACGAGCGUGCCGCUACCGCUGGCAUGGUGCACAUCCAGGACGUCAUUGAGGGCCGUGACGUCGACGUCGCUAUCAAGAACGCUCAUGCCGUGUCUGUGAGCAAGGUUGAUGAGGCUGGCGCUACUGCUGCUUGA